CGCUGGCUAUAAUGUGUUGUUUUCUCUCGCUGCUCUGCUGAGUUGCCGCGGCGCGUUCUCUGUGAUUCCUUGUAACUUAAUCGUGUGCGUGUGAAAACUCUCCAGUGUACUUUCUGUUCUGCUUUGCAAAAUAGUGUUCUCGCUCCCUAAUUAUGCAGUGAUUGUGUGAUGUGUUCGCUUCACUCCACACUUUGAAAUUUGUAUCGCUGCUGGCGCUUUAUAUUGCAAAGAAAACGGAUGUUUAGUGUUAAAGUAAGAGAUGAACUGCCACUAACGGUAGCGAUUGGAAUUAUAAAGGUCAAGUUGACACCAGUAAAGAAAGUGUGCGCAUUUUCAUAGUUUCUCUGAAUAAGGGUGAGAGGUUUGUCUCGGGCGUUGAUGCAAAGCGAGGAGGGCUCUGAAGUUACUGAAUUAUUCCAAGACGAAAGGUUACAGCAACCGAAACCGUCCUAAGAUGACGAGGCACCGGAGAAAUACAACCGACAAUCAAACGAGCUACAGAAGCUCUCAUGAAGAGAUGUUGUCACCACCUGAAGAUUGCUCGUCAUCGCCGUCAUUAUCAUUAUCGCCAUCAUUAUCCAGAUCUUUUCCGUCAUCUUGGAAAACCUCAGUGGCCAUUAACCCAACGACUCGUCUGUUUAGAAGAUGGAGUGUUUCUUUCUUCCUCUUGACAAUUCUUCUGAUGUCUUAUCCUAUGCCUUCCUCGUCGGCUUCAUCUCGAAGAAGAGUCAACGCCCGUUUCCUAAAUCUGACCGCCACUUACGACCGGGUGUACAGAGACCUGGAUGCUGGCAUGAGAGACCCCAAGAGAUUGGACGCGGCGUUUCGGAGCGUCGACUUGGGUAGGGCGCGAAGCGUCUUCGACAUUGCCCGUGCCAUCAUGCCAGAUGUGGGAGAUAGUGGCGUUUCUCAUGACGCACUUGUCUACCUAAUGAACGCACUUUUGCAAGAUAAUUCCAUUGAUCAAGACCUAGGUAACCAUAUCCCAGCGGAGGGUGAGCGAGAUAAACCCAUGGGGGUUGAUCUAAGUUACGAAACCCAAGAGACUACUACCACUGUUUCGCCCAACAGCACUCAAAACAGGGGGAUUUUUGACUUCCUCGUCAACCCGUUUGCCAUCCCCCAGAAAUGCUGGUACAAGAGCAACGAGUACGACUGUGGUCUCUCUGUCUCGUGUGUCUUCCAGGGGUCGAAACCCAUGGACCUCUGCUCUGGGGGCAUGAUAUGGUCAUGUUGUGUGCCCAGAGAUAAAGUGGAUCAUGUGGACCACAAUCUCGGAGCCAUUGGCAAUGACGUCAGUCAUCCCAACCAGUUCUUCGGCGGUGGAAGCAAGCCCGACUCUUUCAUCAGCCAUGAACACAGACCCUUUGACCACCACAGACCUAGUCAUUUCGAUAACGAUGAUGAUAGGUUUUUCCCCAAUACCCAGAGACCCUCCUCGGUCUUAAGACCACACCAUAGACCCCCUCCCCCACCUCCCAUACACCAUUCGAGGCCGAGACCUCAGAGACCAAUACAUUCCUCUAGACCGACUAAGUUUAAACCGCCUUCCGAUAACCACUUCCCUAACGAUUUCGAUGAGUUCGAUAGGCCCCAAGACACCUUCAGUAGUCGACCUCCUCAUGAUACUUUCGACCACAGACCUCAUGACCUGGGCAGGCCGUCGUCUUCCAGCCACCGUCCUCCAUCACAUCCAUUUGGACCUCCAGGUGCUCACGUCAGCCAAAGGGGGUGCGGCGAGACGUAUGCCAGAACGAACAGGAUCGUCGGAGGAAGCGACACCACCUUCGGCACCCAUCCCUGGCAAGCGGCCAUCAUCAAAGAGACUUUCUUGAGCAAACGAAUUGCUUGCGGUGGCGCGCUCCUCAACAACAGAUGGGUCGUCACUGCGGCUCACUGCGUCUACUCGACACCAAUCAGCAGUAUGAAAGUCCGUCUGGGCGAGUGGAACGUCCGUCGUCAAAACGAGCGUCUGCCCCACGAGGACUUCAACGUCCAAAGGAAGGAAGUCCACCCCGAUUACAAGGCAGCCGACUUCCAGAACGACGUGGCGCUGGUGAAGGUGGACAGAGAUGUCGUCUACAAGGAGCACAUCAUACCCGUCUGUCUGCCCCCUCAGGGCGAGUCCUUCACUGGACUCUACGGCACCGUCACUGGAUGGGGCAGACUCUCUCACGGUAUAUCAUCGACGCCCGAAGUCCUGCAGGAAGUCGAUGUUGAGGUCUUGAGGAACGACGUGUGUCAAUCUUGGUUCAAAGAGGCCGGCAGGAGGGAGACUAUAUACGACGUGUUUCUGUGCGCCGGGUAUAAAGAUGGUGGCAAGGAUAGUUGUCAGGGGGACUCUGGUAGUCCGCUCACACUCAUGUAUGAAGGACGUCGUCACCUGAUUGGCCUCGUCAGUUGGGGUAUAGGAUGUGCCCGCCGAAAUCUGCCAGGAGUCUAUACUAAUAUUGCCAUGUUUUCUAGCUGGAUCUUCGAUGUCAUAAAGUCUUGAGUUAGGUUGUAACUUUAACUGAUUUUUUUUUCUAUCUCGGACUUACCUCUUAUUGUUAAAUGAUAUAUAGAUGUAUUUUGAAUGUGUUUAUGUAUGUUAAUGCUAUUUAUGUUGUAAUCAGCCGUGGUAGUCAUUUGCUGCAGUUGCAAGUCAGGAAGGAUCUGCAGGUGUUGAACUUUUGUGUAAGUGCUCUAUGAUAGAGUGUUAUGUAUUACUAUUUAUGUCAUUCCAGCGUCUUGUUUCAUAAGUUCAAUAGGAUUCUGUGAUAGUUAUUUACAAUGUACACAACCCAUGACCAGCAACACACGCACGAAACCAGUUCACUGUCAAUCACUUCAUGAAAACAGCGAACAGUUACACUACAACACAGGGUUGCGCAAAAGUUGUUCAGCGACACGCGUUCUUGCACAGAACGAGUACAAACGUGCAUUAAAAGAUACAAGUAGGCGUCAUAAGACUUACAUUUAGGCAUUUACACAGACUAAUAAUGAUGCCGUUCGAAUCAACACAUAUCAAAUGACACAAUGCAGAUAACCCUUACACAUCUCGGAGCUGGAUCUCCAUAAUUUGUAUAUAGAAUAUAAUAAUUCCUUCUUCAUCAACAAGCACUUUUUGUAGAUACACAGUGUGACUAUGCUGCUGUUCCACUAAGUGAAAUGAUCAUUAUUGUCUUACUUUUCUUUGAGUAGAUUUCUAUGUACAGUAUUAUUGAUUAAAACGAUUUUACAA